CGGAGGAGUCACUGCGAUCAGUGAUGAGCUUUCAUGCCUCUUAACUAUUAAGAGUUUGCUGGGUUUCUGACUUUGUUUUGGUUAGCUUGGGGAGUAAUGUGCUGAGUUAUGGAGCUCAAGGCUUCAGCGCGAAAAGCCGCUGAGACUGCAAUUGGAUCCAUUGGGCGUGGAUAUGACAUCUGCAAUGAUCUGAGACUUAAGUACUGCAAAGGAGAACCCAUAAAUUCUCGAUUAAUUGAGAUAGAUGAAGGCGAUGGAAGAGAGGUGGUUCUACCUGAUGGGAUAUCUAUUCCAAAUGUUUCAAAAUCGAUAAAAUGUGAUAAAGGGGAACGAACUAGGUUCAGGUCUGAUGUUAUUUCUUUUCAACAGAUGUCCGAGCAGUUCAAUCAGGAAUUAUCUUUGACGGGUAAAAUUCCCUCAGGCCACUUCAAUGCCAUGUUUGAGUUCUCUGGAAGUUGGCAGAAAGAUGCAGCCUAUACCAAGACCCUUGCUUUUGAUGGGGUGUUUAUUACUCUUUACACUGUUGCAUUAGAGAAAUCUCAGAUGGUACUCCGUGAUAAUGUCAAAAAUGCUGUGCCAUCAUCAUGGGACCCGCCUGCAUUAGCAAGGUUUAUUGAGACCUUUGGAACACAUAUUAUUGUUGGUUUGAAGAUGGGCGGAAAGGAUGUAAUUUAUUUAAAGCAGCAGCAUUCAUCAACUCUUCAACCUGUUGAUGUUCAGAAAAAAUUGAAGGAGAUAGCUGAUAGGAGAUUUUUAGAUGCCAAUGGACAAUACAACAUUGCUUCCGAUCAAGUUUACCCGAAUGACAAGUUUGGGAUCAAGGAGCUGAGGUUUGCUAAUAUCAGUCCAUCAAGUUCAUAUUCUCACAAGGAGGAUAUUGUAAGCAUCUGCAAGAGGAGGGGUGGAGAAAAUGACAGAAACUCAUCCCAUAAUAAGUGGUUACAGACUGUUCAGUCGGAACCUGAUGUAAUCUCAAUGUCUUUCAUACCUAUCACGUCUCUCCUUAACGGAGUGCCUGGGAGUGGAUUCUUGAGCCAUGCCAUAAAUCUUUACCUACGAUAUAAACCACCAAUUGAGGAGCUCCACCAGUUCUUGGAAUUCCAGCUGCCAAGGCAAUGGGCACCUGUAUUUAGCGAACUUCCUCUUGGUCCACAGCGGAAACAACAGAGUUCUGCAUCUUUGCAGUUUAGUUUAAUGGGGCCCAAGCUUUAUGUAAACACCACACAGGUUGAUGUUGGUAAGAGGCCAGUGACUGGUCUCCGUCUAUAUCUCGAAGGUAAAAGGAGCAACCGCUUAGCCAUCCACAUGCAGCAUCUUUCUUCUCUUCCAAAAAUAUUUCAGCUUGAAGAUGAUCCAAAUGGCAACUUUAGACGGGAGCACUAUGAGCGAAAAUUUUAUGAGAAAGUUCAAUGGAAGAAUUUCUCUCAUGUGUGCACUGCUCCUGUGGAAUCCGAGGAGGAUCUUUCAGUUGUCACUGGAGCACAAUUACAAGUAGAGAAUUAUGGCAUAAAAAAUGUUCUCUUUCUAAGACUCAAAUUUUCCACCGUGUCAGGAGUUACCUUAGUAAAGCAUCCUGAGUGGGAUGGAUCUCCAGGGCUGGGAGCCAAGUCAGGGCUCAUAUCUACACUGAUCAGCCAACACUUCACAGCAACAUUUCAGAGGCCACCUCCACGGCCUGCAGAUGUUAAUAUAAACUCUGCUGUUUACCCAGGUGGCCCUCCUGUUCCUGUUCAAGCCCCCAAACUUCUAAAGUUUGUUGACACCACCGAGAUGACCCGAGGACCACAAGAGACUCCUGGCUACUGGGUUGUCUCUGGAGCAAGACUUGCUGUAGAGAAGGGCAAGAUCUCUCUGCGAGUUAAGUAUUCAUUGUUGACUCUAAUACCAGAUGAAGAGAUUGAUGAGGAUGAGGAUUAGAUGAUACUACUUUCUGGUAUAUACUUUGGUAGAAUCCUAAAAAUGAUGCUGGGCUGGAGUAAGGAGGGGGGCGCAUAUUUAUGAGAAAAUUCAUGGCGGUAUAGCGAGGGAAGCUCUGGCACAGAGAUCAAGAAACAAUGAAGAGAGGGAGGGAGUGGUGGGAAUUUUGUUUUUUUCAGAUGGUGGAAAUAUAGUUGAUGGUAGUAGUUGUGGGUUUAAAUGUCUUGGCUACCCUUUGAAUGUUCCUGCAACUUCUUCCCUCUUCCUCCUGGGGUUAUGCUUCUAAUGUAAAGUCAAAACAUUUACGGUGUAGCAGCAUGGCUUGUUAGAAGAGGCUAUCUUGGUUGGUGGGUGCUUCUGUUAAUUUAGCUUGUUUGAUGUCCAGGGUGGGUGACACGAUUUAUCUGUCAAAAAUAUGUAAACUGAUACAGCAACAUUCAAAAUGCAGUGAGAGACGGUGGAAAAUUUUCAACUAUAUAUAAUACAUAACUAUGUUGUCUUGGGAAUAU